AGUCCGUCCACAGCUGGCUGCCCCUGGGUGACGCGUAGGCCUGGGAGCGGCAAGCAUGGAGGACCAUAACCUGGAGGAGUUCCGCCAGCGCUGGCAGGAGGAAUUGGCGCAGUCGCAGGCGCUGAGGCGACGGCGGCGGCUCGAGGCUGGGGAGCGGCGGCCCCGGAGACCGGAGGCGGGAGCGCGCGGCGAGCCGGCCUCGGGGUACCUGGGGCUGGCGCAGGGUCUGCUGGAGGGCGCGGGCCGACCCCCGGCGCCCAGGCCCGGCCGGACCGACAGGAAGGAUGUGUCCAGCCGUUCGCGCUCACCCCCGGACCGCGACGCCGCGGAGCCCGAGCCGCUGGUGGACCAGCUCAUCCGCGACUUGAAUGAAAUGGAUGAUGUGCCCUUCUUUGAUGUCCAUCUGCCUUAUGAACUGGCGAUCAAUAUAUUUCAGUAUCUGAACAGAAGAGAGCUGGGGCUGUGUGCUCAGGUGAGCAAGACAUGGAAGGUGAUUGCCGAAGACGAGGUGCUGUGGUACCGGCUGUGCCGACAGGAGGGGCACCUUCCCCACAGCAGAUUCUCCGAUUACACCUGCUGGAAGCUCAUCUUGCAAGAGUGCCUCGCCAGGGAACACAAGUUAAGAGCCAACUGGAAGAAUCGCAAAGGUGCCGUGAGCGAGCUGGAACACGUUCCUGACGCUGUUUUGUGUGACGUGCGUUCUCACGAUGGAGUUGUCAUCGCAGGAUACACGUCAGGGGAGGUGAGGGUGUGGGACACCCGCACCUGGGACUAUGUGGCCCCCUUCCUGGAGUCUGAGUCUGAGGAGGAGGAUCCUGGAAUGCAGCCAUAUGUCUCCUUUGUGAGGAUCAACAGCUCGCUGGCAGUGGCGGCUUACGAGGAUGGAAUUCUUAACGUUUGGGACCUGAGAACCGGGAGGUUCCCUAUCUUUCGUUUUGAACACGAUGCAAGAAUACAAGCCCUUGCGCUCAGCCAGGAAAAGCCCGUGGUUGCCACAGCUUCUGCUUUUGACGUUGUGAUGUUGUACCCCAACGAGGAGGGGAACUGGCAUGUAGCCUCGGAAUUUGAAGUUCAGAAACUGGUUGACUACCUUGAAAUAGUUCCGAACACUGGGAGGUACCCUGUAGCAAUAGCCACUGCCGGGGACCUGGUGUACCUGCUGAAGGCUGAGGACUCGGCCAGAACCCUUCACUAUGUCUACGGCCAGCCUGCCACGUGUCUGGAUGUCUCCGCCAGCCAGGUCGCCUUUGGAGUGAAGAGCCUGGGAUGGGUGUAUGAGGGAAACAAGAUCCUGGUGUACAGCCUGGAAGCAGAGCGCUGCCUCUCGAAGCUGGGCAAUGCACUUGGAGACUUCACCUGUGUCAACAUCCGGGACAGCCCUCCCAACCUCAUGGUCAGCGGCAACAUGGACAGGAGAGUGAGGCUUCAUGACCUCCGCACCGAUAAGAUUGCCCUGUCGCUGUCCGCCCAUCAGCUGGGGGUGUCUGCAGUCCAGAUGGAUGACUGGAAGAUUGUUAGUGGAGGCGAGGAGGGGCUGGUGUCUGUGUGGGAUUACCGCAUGAACCAGAAGCUGUGGGAGGUGCACUCCAGGCACCCCGUGCGCUAUAUCUCCUUCAACAGCCACAGCCUGAUCACCGCCAAUGUGCCCUACGAGAAGGUGCUGCGAAACUCCGACCUGGACAACUUUGCCUGUCACAGGAGACACCGCGGCCUGAUCCAUGCCUAUGAAUUUGCUGUGGACCAGCUGGCCUUUCAGAGCCCUCUUCCUAUCUGCCGCUUACCCCGUGACACCGUGGCUGGAUACAGCUAUGACCUAGCCCUGUCUUUCCCCUAUGACAGUAUUUAGGGUGUCACCUCAUGUAGAAGUGGGAAGGGCGACCUACAAAUAUCAGAGCUGGAGGGAGGCUCUGCAGUACAUAGUGGAAGUGUGGGGGCAGUGCCCUGUGUGCCUGCGGCCCUACAGCCUUGUCACCCCGUGCAGCACCUGUACAGAGCCUGAGCCAGAGCCCACUGCCGUCUCCUCCUCCUCCUCCUCCUCCUCCUCCUCCUCCUCCUCCUCCUCCUCCUCCUCCUCCUCCUCCUCCCUCCUAGGGCUUUGGUAGGACUGGCUGAUGACUCAGAGUUAACCUUUCCAGGGGUGGCUUCAACCCCCCUCAGCCUGGGGACACCCAGGCCUUCACUCCUGCUGCUCUGCUGGGUAUGGUGCUGAGGGCGGAACCCAGAGUCUCGCACAUGCAGGCAAGGCUCAGCCUCCAAGCUGCUUUCCAGCUCACAGUGGUCUCCUGACCCCGCCCCAGUCCACACUGUUGAUAAUUAUAGAGCACCCUUACCUGUGUGAGGAGUGUCCUGCAUCACUUGCUGUUCUGUCCUGUACAUGUGCUAUGAAGGAGACAGCCAUUCUUCCCUGCAGAGCGGAAGGGCCAUUCCACAGGGAUGGGGUUGGGUCAGUUUCCGAGCUGGUGGUGUCUCUUCCCUCAGCAGCUGCUGGGCUCUUGACACACACUGAGGCAGUGUAGCUCACCCAGUCUGCCCCACACAGUGCCAGGAGGCCCAGUCAGAGCUCCUCAAAAUCCCCACAGACCAGGCCCCUCACAGGCCUGCACAGAGCACAGGCCACCAGGUCUCAGGAAGCAGAGUCUUCCUCCCGGCAAAUACCAGCUCAAAACACAAGUGGGCCGGGAAACCCCACAUUGGUCUGCAGAGAGCCCAAAGAAGGGGGAUGGGGGGUGGGCUCCACGGUGUGGAGACCAAGUUGGUAACAAAACAAAGGUGCUGGGGGGCCUGAGAGGGUGUGCACCUUCCGAGGGAAGGGGCUGACCGCUCUUAGCUGCAGUGAGCUGGGAGCCAGCAGAAAAUCAUCCUCAGUGGCCUGCUCAUUUCCAGUGCUGGGAUGGGGUCUGAGGCCUCUGCCACUGAGCCACACCACCAACCAGGGUGUGGUUUUGUGGCAUGAGGGUUUCUCAGAUCACAGCAUUGAGGCCUCAGAGGUCCACAGUCUGCUGCUACACAGGACACAGAGCGGGCUGAGGCUGAGGCCUCUCCCCUUGCAGAACCCUUCCUCAGCACUUGGAAAUGCCCAGAGCAGCCCGCCUCCCUCUUGCUGUGCUGGCGCCCCCUGCUGGCCUGGUCUCGCUACAUCUUCCCUAGAGCUCUCCCAACCCUGGAGCUAGGUCACUGGAGAGACUUCUGUCAGAGAAAUCAGCUGUGCGGUCAGCUCCCUUCUGGCCUUCACAGCCAUGAAAGGCCACUGAAGAGCUUUAAGAGCAGAUGCAGAGGUGACUAGAGUAGUUUAAGCAUAUGUGCCCUCCUAGCCCCUCAGCCCCUGCCCCGAUUAGGAAAGCACCGAGCUUCUCUGCUGUCAGCCUCCGGGAAGACACCCCUUCCCCACAGAGCAUCCGAUCUACCCCCAAGAUCUGUCCUCACUGACUCCUGAGGUUGCUGCCGCUGCACCUGCUCACAGGGUCGGGGACAGGUGGUCUCCGUUAGCUCCCUGUGCUGCCUCUAAAGACAAGACACCAGGGUGUGUCCCUGGGAGCCAGAAGUGGUCACACAUCUACAGCUUGCCUUUUGCCUUAAGCGGCCACGUCUGCUGUAUUAUUAAAAGUUCUGGACUUACGGCCUUGUUUGCUGCUCCUGUAAGGUGCACAGGGCUGAUCCUGGACUCAAUGAAGUCUUCCUCCGCCA